AUGAAACGCAUUUCUACUAAGAAGCUGCUGUAUUGUUUUGAUAAAGGAAAUCAUUUUUCUAGCUAAAGCUGCGGAGGAGAUUAAAUCAGGUUCCUCCUGCAUUGAUGAACAGUGAUGGAUGAGCAGACGGACUCUCCUGCAGCCAACGCAGACAGCAGCAUCCAGAGAAAUGGAGACGAGAAACCUCGGCGUGGCAGCUGGACCAAAGGGAGGAAGAGGAAGAAGCCGAUGAAGGACAGCAACGCACCCAAAGCUCCCCUGACGGGCUACGUUCGCUUCAUGAACGACAGGCGAGAGCAGCUGCGGGCGGAGCGGCCGGACGUGCCCUUUCCGGAGAUUACCAGGAUGCUGGGCAACGAGUGGAGCAAACUGCCCCCCGAGGAGAAGCAGCGAUACUUGGAUGAAGCCGAGCGAGAUAAGGAGCGCUACAUGCGCGAGCUCGAGAAGUACCAGAAGACGGAGGCGUACAAACAUUACACCAGGAAGGUCCAGGAGAAGCAGAAGGGCAAGAGGCACAGAGGAGAUGGCGGGCACCAAGCUGCCAGUGAGGCUCUGCACGAGAAAGAUGCAGAGGGGAAGGACAGAACUGUGUUUGACAUACCCAUCUUCACAGAGGAGUUCCUCAACCACAGCAAAGCACGAGAAGCCGAGAUGCGGCAGUUGCGCAAGACCAACAUGGAGUACGAGGAGCGAAACGCCGCCCUGCAGAAGCACGUGGAGAGCAUGCGCGGAGCCGUGGAACGCUUGGAAGGUGACGUGAUGCAAGAGAGGGAACGCAACGGCCUCCUCCACCAGCACUUAGAGACCCUGCGUCAGGCGCUCGCCUCCAGUUUCUCCUCCGUGCCUCUGCCGGGCAGCGGAGAGACCCCCACCCUUGAAACCAUCGACUCUUAUAUGAAGAAGCUGCACAGCAUCAUCGUCAGUAACCCCCAGGACCACGAGCAUCUCAUCAGCACUGUGAGGGACGUGGUCAACCGCUUGGACAGAUAAUCGGAUCAAAUUCAACGGAUUUGCUGAAUCUGGAUUCCUGGCUCCGUCGAAGUUCUGCCCGGUCCACGGCUCUCGCUCCUUAACGUUGGGUCUUAUCAACUUAUCAUCCCCACUGAGUCAAAGACCUUCCUCUUAUCACGUCAGUGGAUUUGCUGUAGCGUCACAUAUUUAUUAUUUUCACACCGAGUUGUUGGAGCUGGAAAAAUCAUCUAAAAACAUCGUUCAUGCUGUUUCACCCUCGCCGCUCAUUUAGAGCUGAAACGUCCAGCAGCUUCCACUACCUUCAAACAUCUGUCAGUGCAUCUGGAUUUAACAUGACC